CCAAGGGCCAACUUCAGCAAUUCUAAACCUCAGAGGAGAGUGGAAUCGAGGGGAAUCCGGGAAAGAGAAGAAGAAAGGGGAAACGGGAAAGGAAGGGAGAGAGUUCUUUUUUGCCUCAAGACUUCUACUUUUAUGGCCAUUUGCUUUGAAGAUAAGGAUUGGAAGGAUAUCCAAGUUCUUUUUUGAUCAGGUUUGAAUUAGAUUAUAUCCAAGUUCUAUCAUCUGUCCGGCAGCCUUUUUAAAUUACAAAUUACUCUGUCAAUCAUUUAAAUUACAAAUUACAAAUACCCUUUUUAAAGCUGGUUACUAGUACAAUUCUGAAGUAUGUUAAUUUCUCUUUGGCUGUUUAUUGGUCCAUCAGUUUCACUUCCCUUUGCCUGUAUGGUGUCUCAUAGGUAUUAUUUUGAACUGGUGAGUGGAAAACGAUUGCUAGGGUUGCAUUUUGACGUAGCUCAGCUGCUCAAGCGUUGAUAAAUGUGGUUCUAUGGGGGUAUACUGUAUAUUACAAAUGAGUGGGAAUGGGGCACACAGACUGAAGUUCAAAGCUUCACCACAAUUAAGGAAGCUGUUUCCUUAUUUCUAUUAGGAGCAGCGGAGGAGAAGAAAGGGGGAAAGGGAAACGGGUAUGAGUGAAAGAGUAGAGAGAAGGAACAGGAAAGAAAGAGGAAGCAGAAAGGGAAAGUUAUUGAAUUCAUAUUAUACAAGGGUUUUAUUAUUCUCCAAGUUCGUUUCUUGCUUUGAAGAUAAGUCUUGCCUCCAGUCUCCCCGGUCCUUGAUCAAACUAUCCCCUACUGGUCCUGUUCACUUCUGUAAUCUUUCUCGCUUCCGAGUAAAUCAGAAGGCCGAAGUGUUUGGCCUUUGCUACUCCUUCUCCAUGCCUGCUGAUCUCUCCUGGAUUGGCAAGCAUCCGGCUGCCAGAGAGAAAUAAAGUCGAAAUUAUAGAUAAGCAGGUUGUGUAAUUUUCAAGUAAAGAAGAUAAAAUUUUAACAAACACCAGCAGCCACUUAAAGCUAUUGACAACUCAAAGAAGAGAAAGUUAUCAAAAAUACUACGCCAUAGUUCAGAGUCCAGAUUUAGUAGGAAUGAAGGAGAGGAAAAGAAAGGUGAAGAACUGAAGAAAAUGUUAGAAACAAUUGUAAUGCACUGGAAAGAAGAAAACCCAACUGCGUUUGCGGAGAUUACAUAAAUGUCCUUAAACAUUAGCGGGGAAAAGACUUGGUUCACUUAAUAAUAUAUAGAUGUAAGAUAUCCCACCCACUUUGUUUUUAUUUCAAUUGAUUUUUUCACAUUCUUAAAAUCGAUAUAUUCAUGACAUUGCAUAGGCAUUUGGUUUGUACUACACUACUAAUUUUCUUGAUAUAUGAAUACUUGAAUUAAUGCAAACAUAUCUCAAACGAUUACCAUACCAUACCGUUUCAAAUAGUAGCUUUUGAUGGACUCCUGACCUAGAAUGCUAACCAUGAGAGCUUGAGCUAAAAGGGUGAAGUAUUUUAGUCUUCUCCUACUAUUUGACAUUGCUGAAAUUUUCUCUUCUUUGAGUUGUCUAUAGCUUUAAGUGGCUGCUGGUGUUUGUUAAAUUUUGCUUCAUUGAGGAGCUUCUUUUCGUGUUUCAC